AUGCCUUUUGUAAAUAAGUGGGGAGAUUAAGUCACAUUGGAAAUAGUUAGACAACUGAUCGAUUAGGGUGGUUUCUAUAUGUUAGACAAAGCCUAAAGAGGUAAUUUCAGAGGUAUCAAGAACCUUACAUACAUCGGAGCUAUGUAACAUCCAGGAGGUGGUAGAAAUGAUAUUCCCAACAGAUUGAAGAGACAAGCAGUCAUUUUCAAUAUGAUUUUGCCACUCUCAGUUGAAGGCAUUUAUGGUCCAAUCAUCAAACAUUAAUUCAAGGCUAAAUACUUCUCCGCUGAUGUCAAUAGAGCUAUUGAUACAUUAACUGGUGCAACCAUUUAAAUUUGGAAUAAGGUCAAAGCAACUAUGUUACCAACACCUGCUAAAUUCCAUUACGUGUUCAACAUGAGAGAUUUAUCUCGUGUCUUCAAGGGUAUCCUAUCAGUCAGAAAGGAAACAAUAAACACUGCUGCUUAAGUUGGACCCAUGAAAUCUGAUGUAUUUUUAGUUGGAUUAUGGAUGCAUGAAUGUGAAAGAGUCUUUGUCGAUAAAAUGACUAAUCAAAAAGAUAAGGAUCAAGUAUGUAAUUACAUUAAGGAUAUUGCUUUGGAUCUCUAUAAUCAUCUAGAUAGUGAAAUCUAGGAUAAAUUCAGCAAGGAGAAGUUAUUCUUAAUGUGUGAUUUCUUGAAGGAAGACAUAAAGAAUGAGGAUGGAUUAGUUGAAGUUGAAGCUGAAAAGAUUUAUGAGGGAGUUAACUCUAUUGAUAGAUUAAGAUUAAGAUGUAACACACUUUUACAAGAUUAUAAUGAUAAAUAUCCAGCAAAGAAGAUGAGUCUAGUGCUUUUCGAUGAUGCUAUCAAACAUUUGUUGCGUAUUUCAAGAUUGAUUAAAUAACCAAGAUCAAAUGCUUUAUUAGUAGGAGUUGGUGGUUCAGGUAAAUAAUCUUUGACAAGAUUGGCUGCUGAUAUCUUGAAGAAUGUGUGCUAUUAAAUUAUUUUGACUAAAAAUUUCAGUGAAAAAGACUUGAAAGAAGAAAUUAAGAAGUUGUUUGAUUGGGCUGGCCAUCUUGGUAAAUAGGUUACAUUCAUCUUGACAGAUAGUGAAGUGAAGAAGGAAGAAUUCUUAGAAUAUAUCAAUAUGAUCUUAUCAACAGGAGAAGUGGCUGGUUUAUUGGCUAAGGAUGAAAAGGAAGUUUGGUUGGCAGAUGUUAGAAAUGAUUAUGUCAAAGAGAAAUAAUUGGGUAAUAUUGAUCCUCCUUAGAGUGACUUGUAUGCCUAUUUGGUUGAUAGAAUAAGAGAUAAUUUGCACAUUAUUUUGUGCUUCUCACCAGUAGGUUAGAAAUUCAGAGAUAGAUCUCGUAAAUUCCCAGCCUUGUUCAAUGAAUGUACAAUCGAUUGGUUCUUGCCAUGGCCUGAAGCUGCUUUGGUUAGUGUUGCUGAAACAUUCAUCAAGAAUUUCAAAGAAUUAGAUACAACUAAUGAUAUCAAAGAAGAAUUGAUGAAACAUAUGGGUAAUGUUCAUAUUAUGGUUAACUCUGUUUGUGAGCUUUAUUUCCAAAAGAUGAGAAGACAAGUCUAUGUUACACCAAAGAGUUAUCUUUCUUAUUUGAAUUCUUAUAAGGAAUUGUAUUUGAAAAAAUACGCUGAAUUAGAUCUUCAAGAGAAUUCAUACAAGAUUGGUUUGAAUAAGAUCAAUGAGGCAGCUAAAUAAAUAGAAAAGAUGGGUGUUGCUUUGAGGGAAGAAGAGGCUUAAUUGAAGGAAGCAUCUGAGAAGACUGAAAAGUUAUUAGAAGAUUUGGAGAAAGAAAGCAAGAAGGCCAAUUAAAAGAAUGAUGAAGUCGAGGCCACCACUGCUUAAUGUAUGAAAUAAGCAUAGAUGAUUGCCAGUGAGAAAUAGGCUGCUGAGAAGGAUUUGGCUGCUGCUAUGCCUGCACUUNAGUCUUCGAUUACUAUAUCUACUUAGAUGAAAGAGGUACUUGUGAAUGGAAACUCAUAUCACCAGAAGAAUGGAAGGCCCCAGAUAAAUUCUAAUUCUCACAAUUACUCAUGCCCACUGUAGAUUCAUUCAGAGCUGAAAUGAUCUUAUCAUACAUUCUUAAUCAACCAAAGGCAUCACCAUAACCACCUGUCAGUUGCAGUUAUGUUAUCUUAGUCGGAGGUAGUGGUACAGCCAAAACAUCAAGUGUUCUUAUGUAUGCCAACAAAUUCAACAAAGAAAAGAUGUUGUUCAAGAGAAUCAACUUUUCAUCUGCUACUCUACCUAGUCACUUCUAAGCUGCCAUUGAAGCUGAAUGUGAUUUCAAAAUAGGUAAAGAUUUUGCUCCUCCUCAAAAUAAAAACAUGACUGUAUUCAUUGAUGAUCUUUCAAUGCCUUUUGUAAAUAAGUGGGGAGAUUAAGUCACAUUGGAAAUAGUUAGACAACUGAUCGAUUAGGGUGGUUUCUAUAUGUUAGACAAAGCCUAAAGAGGUAAUUUCAGAGGUAUCAAGAACCUUACAUACAUCGGAGCUAUGUAACAUCCAGGAGGUGGUAGAAAUGAUAUUCCCAACAGAUUGAAGAGACAAGCAGUCAUUUUCAAUAUGAUUUUGCCACUCUCAGUUGAAGGCAUUUAUGGUCCAAUCAUCAAACAUUAAUUCAAGGCUAAAUAUUUCUCCGCUGAUGUCAAUAGAGCUAUUGAUACAUUAACUGGUGCAACCAUUUAAAUUUGGAAUAAGGUCAAAGCAACUAUGUUACCAACACCUGCUAAAUUCCAUUACGUGUUCAACAUGAGAGAUUUAUCUCGUGUCUUCAAGGGUAUCCUAUCAGUCAGAAAGGAAACAAUAAACACUGCUGCUUAAGUUGGACCCAUGAAAUCUGAUGUAUUUUUAGUUGGAUUAUGGAUGCAUGAAUGUGAAAGAGUCUUUGUCGAUAAAAUGACUAAUCAAAAAGAUAAGGAUCAAGUAUGUAAUUACAUUAAGGAUAUUGCUUUGGAUCUCUAUAAUCAUCUAGAUAGUGAAAUCUAGGAUAAAUUCAGCAAGGAGAAGUUAUUCUUAAUGUGUGAUUUCUUGAAGGAAGACAUAAAGAAUGAGGAUGGAUUAGUUGAAGUUGAAGCUGAAAAGAUUUAUGAGGGAGUUAACUCUAUUGAUAGAUUAAGAUUAAGAUGUAACACACUUUUACAAGAUUAUAAUGAUAAAUAUCCAGCAAAGAAGAUGAGUCUAGUGCUUUUCGAUGAUGCUAUCAAACAUUUGUUGCGUAUUUCAAGAUUGAUUAAAUAACCAAGAUCAAAUGCUUUAUUAGUAGGAGUUGGUGGUUCAGGUAAAUAAUCUUUGACAAGAUUGGCUGCUGAUAUCUUGAAGAAUGUGUGCUAUUAAAUUAUUUUGACUAAAAAUUUCAGUGAAAAAGACUUGAAAGAAGAAAUUAAGAAAUUGUUUGAUUGGGCUGGCCAUCUUGGUAAAUAGGUUACAUUCAUCUUGACAGAUAGUGAAGUAAAGAAGGAAGAAUUCUUAGAAUAUAUCAAUAUGAUCUUAUCAACAGGAGAAGUGGCUGGUUUAUUGGCUAAGGAUGAAAAGGAAGUUUGGUUGGCAGAUGUUAGAAAUGAUUAUGUCAAAGAGAAAUAAUUGGGUAAUAUUGAUCCUCCUUAGAGUGACUUGUAUGCCUAUUUGGUUGAUAGAAUAAGAGAUAAUUUGCACAUUAUUUUGUGCUUCUCACCAGUAGGUUAGAAAUUCAGAGAUAGAUCUCGUAAAUUCCCAGCCUUGUUCAAUGAAUGUACAAUCGAUUGGUUCUUGCCAUGGCCUGAAGCUGCUUUGGUUAGUGUUGCUGAAACAUUCAUCAAGAAUUUCAAAGAAUUAGAUACAACUAAUGAUAUCAAAGAAGAAUUGAUGAAACAUAUGGGUAAUGUUCAUAUUAUGGUUAACUCUGUUUGUGAGCUUUAUUUCCAAAAGAUGAGAAGACAAGUCUAUGUUACACCAAAGAGUUAUCUUUCUUAUUUGAAUUCUUAUAAGGAAUUGUAUUUGAAAAAAUACGCUGAAUUAGAUCUUCAAGAGAAUUCAUACAAGAUUGGUUUGAAUAAGAUCAAUGAGGCAGCUAAAUAAAUAGAAAAGAUGGGUGUUGCUUUGAGGGAAGAAGAGGCUUAAUUGAAGGAAGCAUCUGAGAAGACUGAAAAGUUAUUAGAAGAUUUGGAGAAAGAAAGCAAGAAGGCCAAUUAAAAGAAUGAUGAAGUCGAGGCCACCACUGCUUAAUGUAUGAAAUAAGCAUAGAUGAUUGCCAGUGAGAAAUAGGCUGCUGAGAAGGAUUUGGCUGCUGCUAUGCCUGCACUUUUAAGAGCCUAAGAAGCCGUCGAUUCUUUAGAUAAGAAGGAUAUUGAUGAAAUGAAGGCCAUGAAAACCUUGAUGGACAUUAUGAAAGCCAUUAUAGAUUCCAUUGUUGUUUAUUUCAUGGGUAAGUUAUUGCCAGUCCAAUCAUUCUAAGUGAAAAUCAGUAAGAUAGAUUAUACAUUUUUGAAGGAUUCAUUUGAUGAAGGUGGUAAAUCAGUUCUUUUUGAUAUGAACUUCUUAAACAAAUUGAAGGGAUUUGAGAAAGAUGGUAUUAAUGAAGAAACCAUCGAAUUAUUGUAACCUUACAUGUCAUAGGAAUGGUUUAGUGAAGAAAAGGCUUAGAGUGCUUCAAAGGCUGCUUAAGGUCUAUUGAAGUGGGUUAAGGCCAUUUAUGAAUAUCAUGAGAAAUCAAAGAUCGUUAAACCCAAGAAAGUCUAUUUGUAAAUUUAAGAAGGUCGUCUUGAAAUGGCAAGAAAAGAAUUGGCAAAGGCUGAGAAAGAUUUAAAUGAAAUCAAGGAAUAUUUGGCUAAACUGAAGGAGACAUUCAACAAAUAAAUGGAAGAGAAAUCAUUUUUGGAACAAAAAUCAAAUAAAACUAAAAAGAGAAUUACUACAGCUAGAUAAUUGAUUGAAUCACUUUCAGAUGAAAAGACUAGAUGGGGAUAAGGAGCCACAGAGAUAGCUGAUCAGAAACGUAAAUUAAUUGGUAAUUGUUCAUUGGCUACAUCAUUUAUUUCUUAUUGUGGUCCAUUCAAUGCAGAAUAUAGAUAGUUAUUGGCAGGUGACUAUUUCGUAAAUGAUCAAAAGAGGAGAGGUGUUCCAGUUACACCAGGAUUGAAUUUGACAUAAUUCUUAGUCGAUGAUGCCACAGUAGGAGAAUGGAACUUAUAAGGAUUACCUAAAGACGAAUUGUCCAUUCAAAAUGGUAUCAUGGUUACAAAUUCAACCAGAUAUCCAUUGUUAAUUGAUCCAUAGGGAUAAGGUAAUUUCUGGAUCAGAUAGAAGUAUGCUGACAAAAUUGAACCCUUCAGAUGUAUUACUACAUUGAAUCAUCCUAAAUUCAAAGAUAACUUCUUAAAACCAUGUAUGUAAGAUGGAUUAUGUUUGAUUAUUGAAAAUAUCGAAAAUGAAGUAGAUCCCAUGUUAGAUCCAGUGCUUGAGAAGUAAAUCUAAGUCAAAGCCAAGAAGAAUAAGUAUAUUGAAGUUGGAGGUACUCAAAUGGACUUUGAUGAUGGAUUUAAAUUGUUUAUGUUUUGUAGAUUAGCCAAUCCUACAUUCUCUCCAGAAUUAUCAGCCAAGACAACCAUUAUUGACUUUACUGUUACUCAAGGUGGUUUAGAAUAAUAAUUGUUGGGUAAGGUCAUCAGUAAGGAGUAAAAGGCCUUGGAAGAUUCUCUCAAUUAAUUAUUGGCAGAUGUCAACUAAAAUAAGAAGGAUCUAUAAAGAUUAGAUAAGAAUUUAUUAGAAAGAUUGACUCAAUCUUCUGGUAAUCUUUUGGAAGAUGAGGGUUUGAUUGAAGUGUUGGGAAGCACUAAGACUUAAGCCAAGGAAGUUUCUGUUAAAUUGUUGGAUGCUGAAGUCAAGACCAGAGAAAUUAAUGAGAAGAGAGAAUAAUAUAGACCAGUUGCAAUCAGAGGUUCAGCCUUAUAUUUCACAAUUUUGGAAGUGUCAUUAAUCAAUUGGAUGUAUAAUUCCUCUUUGGAACAAUUCUUGAAGUUAUUCAAUGAUUCGAUUGAUCAAUCUGAAAGAAAUACAUUACCCUCUAAAAGAGUAGAUAACAUCAUUAAAUAUCUCACUUUCCAUGUUUAUAAGUAUGUCAAUAGAGGUCUAUUUGAAAAGGAUAAGAUUUCAUUCAUUUUAAUGAUGUGUUUCAAAGUUAAAUAAACAGACAAAAAAAUUAAUGCAGGAGAUGUAUCAUAAUUCUUGAAGAGUGGUGCUGCUUUGGAUCCUAAAACUGAAAAAUAAAAGCCAUUCUAAUUCUUAGAUGAGAAAUAAUGGCUCAACAUUUUAGCUUUGUCUAGACAUCAUUUCAACGGAGAUCAAAUGGCAUUCUUUAGAGAUCUACCAGAAUCCAUUUCGAGAAAUGAACAAUAAUGGAGAUAAUGGAAUGAUAGAAAUGAUCCUGAGAAUUCACCAAUACCAGACUUUGCUGAACGUAUAGCAGCUGAUAAAGAAAUUGGUCCAUUCAUUUCUUUAUGUCUCGUAAGAUCACUUAAGGAAGAUAGAACCUUAGUUGCUGCUACUCAUUUUAUUAAUGCUACUCUUGGUAAAGAAUUUACUGCUCCUAUUUCAUAUCCUAUUGAUUCUAUUUGGGCAGAAAGUUCCAAAANGGAGAAUGGAACUUAUAGGGAUUACCUAAAGACGAAUUGUCCAUUCAAAAUGGUAUCAUGGUUACAAAUUCUACCAGAUAUCCAUUGUUAAUUGAUCCAUAGGGACAAGGUAAUUUCUGGAUCAGAUAGAAGUUUGCUGACAAAAUUGAACCCUUCAGAUGUAUUACUACAUUGAAUCAUCCUAAAUUCAAAGAUAACUUCUUAAAACCAUGUAUGUAAGAUGGAUUAUGUUUGAUUAUUGAAAAUAUCGAAAAUGAAGUAGAUCCCAUGUUAGAUCCAGUGCUUGAGAAGUAAAUCUAAGUCAAAGCCAAGAAGAAUAAGUAUAUUGAAGUUGGAGGUACUCAAAUGGACUUUGAUGAUGGAUUUAAAUUGUUUAUGUUUUGUAGAUUAGCCAAUCCUACAUUCUCUCCAGAAUUAUCAGCCAAGACAACCAUUAUUGACUUUACUGUUACUCAAGGUGGUUUAGAAUAAUAAUUGUUGGGUAAGGUCAUCAGUAAGGAGUAAAAGGCCUUGGAAGAUUCUCUCAAUUAAUUAUUGGCAGAUGUCAACUAAAAUAAGAAGGAUCUAUAAAGAUUAGAUAAGAAUUUAUUAGAAAGAUUGACUCAAUCUUCUGGUAACCUUCUGGAAGAUGAGGGUCUAAUUGAAGUGUUGGGAAGCACUAAAACUUAAGCCAAGGAAGUUUCAGUGAAAUUGUUGGAUGCUGAAGUCAAGACCAGAGAAAUUAAUGAGAAGAGAGAAUAAUAUAGACCAGUUGCAAUCAGAGGUUCAGCCUUGUAUUUCACAAUUUUGGAAGUGUCAUUAAUCAAUUGGAUGUAUAAUUCCUCUUUGGAACAAUUCUUGAAGUUAUUCAAUGAUUCGAUUGAUCAAUCUGAAAGAAAUACAUUACCCUCUAAAAGAGUAGAUAACAUCAUUAAAUAUCUCACUUUCCAUGUUUAUAAGUAUGUCAAUAGAGGUCUAUUUGAAAAGGAUAAGAUUUCAUUCAUUUUAAUGAUGUGUUUCAAAGUUAAAUAAACAGACAAAAAAAUUAAUGCAGGAGAUGUAUCAUAAUUCUUGAAGAGUGGUGCUGCUUUGGAUCCUAAAACUGAAAAAUAAAAGCCAUUCUAAUUCUUAGAUGAGAAAUAAUGGCUCAACAUUUUAGCUUUGUCUAGACAUCAUUUCAACGGAGAUCAAAUGGCAUUCUUUAGAGAUCUACCAGAAUCCAUUUCGAGAAAUGAACAAUAAUGGAGAUAAUGGAAUGAUAGAAAUGAUCCUGAGAAUUCACCAAUACCAGACUUUGCUGAACGUAUAGCAGCUGAUAAAGAAAUUGGUCCAUUCAUUUCUUUAUGUCUCGUAAGAUCACUUAAGGAAGAUAGAACCUUAGUUGCUGCUACUCAUUUUAUUAAUGCUACUCUUGGUAAAGAAUUUACUGCUCCUAUUUCAUAUCCUAUUGAUUCUAUUUGGGCAGAAAGUUCCAAAACAGAUCCAGUAUUAUUCUUGUUGUCUGCUGGUGCUGAUCCUACUUCAUCCAUCGACGAUCUCUCAAGAAAGAAGAGAAAAGUAUUUUGUGAAAAAGUAUCAAUGGGAGAAGGUCAAGAAGAAGCUGCCAGAAGAGUCAUUAAAAAUGGGUUCGAAACUGGUAUGUGGGUUAUUCUAUAAAAUUGUCAUUUGGGUCUUAAAUUCAUGGAAGAAAUUGAAACCAUUGUUAAUCCAGAGGCAACCAUAAAUGAUGACUUCAGAUUGUGGAUUACUUGUGAAUAGCAUCCUAAAUUCCCAUUGGGUCUCUUGUAAAAGACUAUCAAAGUUACCAAUGAACCACCUAAGGGACUGAAGGCAGGUUUGUAUAAGACCUUCACUACAAUCAUCACCUAAGAAUUCUUGGAAAAGGUUGAACAUCCAAAUUGGAGAAGUCUUAUCUAUACAAUUUGUUUCUUGCACUCAAUUGUUAUUGAAAGACGUAAGUUCGGUCCUCUUGGAUGGUGUGUUCCUUACGAAUUUAACAAUCCAGAUCUUGAAGCUUCCCUUGCAUUUAUUGAAAAAUACUUGAAUUCAUUCCUUAGUGGACCUCCUUCAUAAUCACCAAACUUGAACUUGAAUAUGAAUGUCAUUAGAUACAUGAUAUGUGAAGUGCAAUAUGGUGGUCGUAUUACUGAUGAUUUGGAUAGAGAAUUGUUUAAUGCUUAUGGUGAAGAUUACUUAAAAGAAGCAAUCUUUGGAAAUGAGUAUGUUAUAGCUGAAGCACCAUUUGAUGCAGGAGGUGGUACUAAACCAACUAAAUUCUAAUACAAAAUCCCUGCCACAACUUAAAUGCCAGAACUCAUUAAAUAUCACGAUGUCAUUAAGUAAUUACCUGACAUUGAUAAUCCUGAAGUAUUUGGUUUACAUGUUAAUGCUGAUAUUACAUUUAGAAAGAAAGAAUCCACUGAAAUGAUUAUAACAAUUAUGGAUACUAGACCAAAGGAUUCCGGCGGUGGCGGUGGAAAAACAAGAGAAGAAAUAGUCUAGGAUAAAGCUAGAGAGUUACUAGCUAAAUUACCCUCAGACUAUGUUGAUCUGGAAGUCCGAGAAUAAGUUCGUAAAUUAGCUGGUCCAAAGAAUCUUCCAGAUAAGGGAUUGACUGUGCCACUUAACAUUUUCUUGUAUCAAGAAAUUCAAAGAAUGCAAAUAGUUAUUGCCAUUUGCAGGAAGACAUUGUCCGAUGUUAUUGAUGCAAUUGAUGGUCAGAUCAUUAUGACUCCUGAUAUUUUAGAAGCCAUUAAUUCUAUGUAUGAUGCCAAGGUUCCGCUUACUUGGGUUUAUGAUGCUACAGGAGUAGAAAUCUCAUGGAUCUUGCCCACUCUAGGAGCAUGGUUCAGUUCAUUGAUAGAUCGUAAUAAACAAUUAAAUGAUUGGUUGAAGAGCAACAGACCCAAUCACUUUUGGCUUGGUGGUUUCUUUAAUCCUCAAGGUUUCUUGACUGCAGUAAAAUAAGAAGUCACUCGUAUGCACAAGGGUAAACCAGGAGACAAGGAUGCUUGGUCAUUGGAUGAUGUUGUACAAUCCACUUAAGUUAAAGAAAGAGAAUAUGAGCAAAUCAGAGAUAUUCAAUCUGAAGGUGUCUAUGUGAGUGGAUUAUCUCUUGAGGGAUGUAAAUGGAGUAGAAAUGGACUUGAUGAGUCUGAACCUAAGAAGAUGUUUGCUCCUUUGCCCAUCCUUUAUGUCACUGCUAUCAAUAAGAAGAAAGGUGCUGAUGCUGAAAAGAAUUCCUCGACUUAUAGUUGCCCUGUUUAUAAGGUAUUAUUUUAUGUUUAUCAUCUUAGUAUCCAAGAAGAACUGACAAAUAUCUCAUUUGUAGAGUUGGAUUGCCUUGUGAAGGUACAGGUGCUCAUAAAUGGAAGUUAAGAGGAGUAGCACUCUUAUGUUCAACUGAAUGAGAUUUUAAUAUAUAUUAUAUAUUAUUUUAUAAACAAC